AUGACGAUCACCAAACUAGACUAUACCGUCUCCACAAAGAAUUCGUCUGUCCCGAAUCCCCCUGGAUACCAGGCUCCCGUCACCGGCAAACAACUGGCGCACUCUAGAACGAAGAAGCCGGAUGCCGAUUCCCUUGCGAAACAAGCCCAGAAGUCCACCGAGCUCAAGAUGAAGCGAGCUUGGGACUUGGCCAUGUCCCCUGCCAAAUCACUGCCAAUGCAGGGAAUCAUGCUCUACUUUUCUGGCUCUGGAAUCCAGAUCUUCUCCCUGGGGAUGAUCUUUAUGCUCUUGACGCAGCCCCUGUCGGCGGUCUUCAACAUAUUCAGAGCGUUCGAAGCUUUACGCCCGACUCCUCAGCCUACGGUAUCUCAAAAAGCGACAGAUGUCGCUGAAGAACCGUCAUACGCGCCAUUGACAGGACCCAUGAUUCUCUAUGUUUUGUGCCAAGGAUUGGUACUUGCUCUCGGUCUCUACAAAUGCUGGGCCAUGGGUAUCCUCCCAACGGGGUCGGGCGACUGGCUGCAAUUCGAGACUCGGUCAAAUCCUCCUGAAUGGUCAGCGGUCAGGGCGAUGCUUCUUGGGUAG